ACCCAGGCUUCACUGCUUCUAACCAUGCCUCACUUUUCCAGUGUGAACUCGGUAUCUGUCUCCUACCAUCCCCAUGCCCUGAACAAGCACCCCUCUGUUCAGUCUGCGAGAGACCCAAGUGCAUCCUGGGUUGGGGUCGGAGAUGGAGACAAACCAAACACAGAAAAGCGAGGAUGAGCCAAGCAUGCCCUGGCAGAACAAGCCUGGACUUGCUUGGUGCUCACAGGUAGGGCCUCACCCACACUGGGCACCUCCUUGGGAAAGGAGAGAACGGGGUGGGGUGGGUACCUGAGUCCUAGCAGUUGCUCUACCCUAAAGGAAACAAAAUGACCUGAUUCUGAUCUUGGGCUUCAGGGGAGAAAAGAGGGUGAGGGCAGGGCAGUGGGACCUGAUGCAAGAGAGGAAUGGAAGAUGAGACGCCUGGGGCUGCAUGGAGGAGGGGCCUGGGCACAAGAUGCCACUGCUCCUUUUGGAUUCUGGUUCAGUCUCCCCCACUCAGAGCUGCAGAGACCUACCCCCAGGGCUUACAUCAUCAUUUCUUAGCCUAGGGGUAAGGUAGGUCCAGACCCGCCCCUUCUUAGCUUCCUAUAAGAACAGCUGGGGACCUGGGAAUGCAGGGUCAGUCAUCCAUCCAUCAUGAAGCCUUCCAUGAAACCUGAGACCUUCCUGCUGGGCUCCGCCCUGCUCUGCACCCUCCUGGGUCUGGGGUACCCGCUAAGCUGUGAGGUGUGUACCAGUGACGGUCCCAACUGCAGUGGAAAACUGCAGACUUGUGCCCCGGAUGAAGACUCCUGCAUGGUUGUCGUGACUGAGAGCAACAGAAAGGGCUCCUUGGCGGUGACCAGCUACAAGGGGUGUGCAAAAUCCAGCGAGUGUGACUCAGGAUCCUUCGCCAUCACCAUGAACACUGAGAACUACAUGGGCUCCACGAGGCGCUGCUGCCAGGAUGAUGGGUGCAACCAGGACCCACUGCCCGCGAUCGUGAGAAACCAUACAGAGAAUGGCCUUCGGUGUCCUUCCUGCAUCGCUGCCUUUUCGGAAACAUGCACUUCGACUCAGGAAGCGGUCUGCGUUGGUGAGGAAACCCACUGUGUCGCCGUGUCUGGCCUCGCACAGCCUGGCAUCAGAUUUGCGGCCCGCGGCUGUGGCACGGAGGCCGCCUGCCACAGCAAGCCUGGGACCCUGGUGCCCUCAGGCUCUCGUUUGUUGACCAUCAAGAAGACCAGCUGUCGUCCAGGCCCCCAGGCUUCUGGCAAGGCUGAGUGAGGAACUGAGGCCCACGUGGUGUGUGGUCUCCAUUCAUUGUCAGCUGUGUUUCUAGAAAUUUCUACAGUUCCCAUGUGUCUAUAAAUUAAACAAGUUAACAGAA